AUGACUCACCCUAACGAAUACACCGUGGGUUAUAUCUGCUCGAUUCAGACUGAGUACCUUGCUGCGGUGGCCUCUUUAGAGAAACGAUACGAUGGGAUGGAUUUUGUAUCUCGGCAUGAUACCAACGACUAUACAUUCGGCAAAGUUGGAAAGCACAAUGUUGUAAUUGCUACUUCACCUAAACGGGACUGGGGACUUUCCACAACUGCAGUCGUUGCAACACACAUGCAACGCAGUUUUCCUGGUGUUUCAUUCAUCCUGGUAAUUAGUGCUGGCGGUGGUGCGCCGAGUGAACGACACGAUAUACGCCUCGGCGAUAUUGUGGUCGGCACUUCUCGCGGUAGCGAAGGUGCUGUUAUUCUCUACGACGUUGGUAAAAGCAUACAAGAUGAAGGAUUCACACCAAGAAGAAUCUUCAUGGAGCCGCCUGCAACCUUGCAGUCGGCUGUGAAUAAACUCAAAGAUCGUUAUAGGAGUGGUCACCGACUGGAGGAAAUCAUAAAUGUCAUUCUUGAGAAGAAUCCAAUGAUGGAAGCAGAAUAUCGACGACCGCACCCAGACAGUGAUAGGCUAUACAACAGCUAUUAUACCCACAGCGAUCCAGAGAGCUCUUGUCGAGCGGUUUGUGAGUAUUCUGAACACUCGGUAUUACGACGAUUACGAGCAGACUACACUAGUAGCCCGAUGGUGCACUAUGGCCCGAUUGCGUCAGGAGACAAGGUCAUAAAGGAUGCUUUUUUUCGGGAUCGACUUGCCAUACAGCAGGAAGUUCUCUGCUUUGACGCGGGAUCUGCUGGCGUGAUGCAUAACAUUCCCUGUCUGGCCAUUUGCGGCAUCUGUAACUACUCGGACACUCACAGGACCCCAGAGUGGAAUGGUUACGCAGCAUUGGCGGCAGCGGCAUAUGCGAAGGAUCUUUUAAGCGGAAUAGAACUACGAAAUAAUGAGUCUGGGACAAAAUCCAUUGGCAUCCGUUUCGGCGAGGCGGCCACACAGGAGGAAACGGAUCAGCCUCAUACCUACGAGGACUAUAAGAUUGGCGUCAUAUGUGCCAUCGAAUUUGAAAUGAGCGCCAUUCGCUACAUGCUUGAUAAAGAACACAAGCGCUUAAAACGAAAACCUGGCGAGUCAACCAUAUAUGUUCUCGGAGAGCUGGAGGGCCACAACGUCGUUCUGGCCUGUCUUCCAGGCAACCAAGGAAAAGGUGCCGCAGCGGCUGUUGCCAAGGAUAUGGCUCGCACAUUCACUUCGAUCGACUUGCGACUGAUGGUGGGUAUUGGAGGGGGCGUGCCAAGUAAGAAGAAUGAUAUUCGUCUAGGCGAUGUGGUUGUUAGCAUGCCUGAUGGCCAGUCUAGCGGUGUUGUUCAGUAUGACCUUGGUAAGAACACGAACGAGGGCCUUACUCUUAAGGGUUUUCUUUGGCCCCCACCAGCGAUUUUGAGAAGUGCGGUGGGCAUAAUGAGAUCGGACCACCGGAUUUCCCAAAGUAAGGUUCCUGAAUUUCUAUCGGCUAUGUUCGACAAGAGCGAUCGCAUCCGAGAAUCCUACCAGCGGCCUCCAGCAGACCUGGAUCAGCUUUUUGACACUGGAUAUCUCCACGAAACCAGGUACGAAACCUGUGUACAAUGUGAAGAAGCAAAAACUAUUGGCCGACCAAAUCGGGAGCCGGUUUCAGAGAUCCAUUAUGGCCUGAUCGCUUCGGGGGAUCAAGUCAUAAGAAACGCAACCUAUGCAGCCGAAAUACAGGCAAAGGUAGUUGGCGAUAUCUUGUGUUUCGAAAUGGAAGCGGCUGGUAUUCUGACUGAGUUACCUUGCAUUGUUAUCCGAGGCAUUUCUGAUUACGCAGACUCGCAUAAAAACGACGUCUGGCAGCACUAUGCUGCAGCUGCAGCUGCUGGCUGUGCGAAGGAGCUACUCUCUUAUUUGAGUCCAGAUUAA